UUACAAUGGACUUUGUUUCGAAGUUCACUUUGCUUUAUGUAAUUUUUAAAAUCAAAAUUAUCUACUUUUUUCGUGUUUCUUGCUAUUGCGGUUUUCCGUCACUCUAUUUUUAAUUUCAAAUGUACCGCGUUAAAUGGUGCAGACACUGUCCAUAAAUAUGUUUUACAGCUAUUAGAAUUUUUAACAAAUAUUAAGUACAGAAUAUAACAAUAACAUCGAACCUAUUCAUCUUACUCUGUUUCUUGUUGACUCAUUAAAGAAAAGAAUACAGUACUUCGUUGCUUCGAGGGCAUACUAGUUAAAAUAAAGUUGCGCAAGGUUCUAAGGAACGAGAUACAGCCCUGUAUAAUACGGUACGUUAUGUCGACAAUCGGGUAUGGGGGGGACUACUUUCCGUUGAGGAGGUGAGCGUGCGUGUGCGUCUCGCGGUCGAGACCUCGCAAGAGAGAAAAUGAAAUCUGAAAUGGUUACUGCCGCGCUAUGACCCUACAAAGUAAAUGUUUCUCUUUGUCUGUGAGUGAAUAAUAAACAAUUGGCCAGGCAAAAUGGAGGGUAGCGGGUCCAAAAACGACACUGCAAUUGCACCAGAGCUGUACUUCCUAAUCGCCAAAUUCUUAGCGGCGGGGCCUUGUCGUGAAGCCGCGGAUGUGCUGAAGCGUGAAUUGGAGCGAGCUAAGGUUUUACCGCAAAGACUAGAUUGGGAAGGGCAUGUACAUAAUCAAACAUUUGAAGAACUAGAAAAGAAAUACUCGCAUAUUGGACCAAAUCAUUUAUUACAAAUAUGUGCCAGAAUUGGUCCGGUAUUAGAAAAAGAAGUACCACCAUGUAUACCAGGAGCAAUAUCGCUCCUUGGUGUAGGAAGACAAUCUUUGUUACGUACCCACGAAGACAUCCAACGUCAGAUACAUGGAAUCAUUUCUUAUUCUGGCAGGAUAGGUGGAAAACCUUUUGUGAAAUCACCUUAUAGUUUAUCAGUGCCUAAUAUAGUGUAUGUGCUUCAAGGAAGGGAGAAUUCAGGACCUCUGAGCAGGCGAGAAGCAAUACCAACCAAAUUCUAUAAUAAAAUGCAGUUGUAUAGACACACAUUAGGACAUUUAUCUGCAGUGUAUUGUGUUCUUUUUGAUCGUACAGGAAAAUAUAUAAUAACUGGUGCAGAUGACUUACUUGUUAAAGUAUGGAGUUCUAUCGAUGGACGAUUAUUAGCUACUUUUCGAGGAGCAUCAGCCGAAAUUAUGGAUAUAGCUGUAAAUUUUGACAAUACUUUACUCGCUGCUGGGAGUUUAGAUCGAAUAUUAAGAGUUUGGUGUUUCCAAACAAUGUCUCCUAUUGCUGUUUUAACUGGGCAUUCUGGUAUGAUUACAUCUGUAAAUUUUUGUCCUAUAUCUUGCAACGGUGUAUAUUAUUUAGUUUCCACAAGUACAGAUGGAUCUGUUGCUUUUUGGUCUCAUACUAGAAAGGGCAAAGAAAGAGCCGUUUUUCAGCCAAAACCAAUUCAGUACCAUGAAAAGAUGCGACCUGGUCAGGCACAAAUGAUAUGUGCUUCAUUUAGUCCUGGUGGUGCAUUUAUGGCAGCUGGUUCAGCAGAUCAUCAUGUCAGAGUAUACGCAAUGUUAGGAGAUGAAGGUCCACGCAGAGUUUUAGAGGUCGAAGCAAAUUCUGAUACAGUUGAUAGUAUUCAGUGGGCACAUAGUGGUUUGAAAUUCAUUUCUGGUUCUAAAGACGGUACUGCAAAUGUAUGGCAUUUUGAACAACAGCAAUGGAUGUACAAACGUUUAUUGAUGACUACAAAACUGCCUGGGGAAACAGAAUCGGAAGAUGAUUCUAAUAAAAAAGCCAAGGUAACUAUGGUCAGUUGGGAUGUAAGUGAUGAAUGGGUUAUUACAGCAGUAAAUGAUAGUUCACUCAAAGUAUGGAACGCAAAAUCAGGUGAACUUGUAAAAGUUUUGCGUGGACAUAAAGAUGAAGUGUUUGUGUUAGAAUCUCAUCCGAUAGAUCCCCGUGUCAUAUUAAGUGCUGGGCAUGAUGGGCAACUUAUAAUAUGGGAUGUUUUAAACACAGAACCAAUAGCUUGUUUUCAAAAUUUUAUUGAAGGACAAGGUAAUGGUGCCGUUUUCGACGCAAAGUGGUCUCCAGAUGGAACAAUGUUAGCAGCAACAGAUUCUCACGGGCAUCUUUUAAUAUACGGUUUCGGAUCUGGUGUUGAAAAACUUAAAAUAGUACCUAAAGAAUUAUUUUUCCAUACGGAUUAUAGACCAUUAAUACGGGAUGCAAAUAAUUAUGUUUUGGAUGAACAAACACAGACUGCUCCUCAUUUAAUGCCUCCACCAUUUUUAGUGGAUGUUGAUGGAAAUCCUUAUCCGCCAGCAUUACAAAGAUUGGUUCCUGGGAGAGAAAACUGUAGAGGAGAACAAUUAGUACCAAAUAUUGCAGUCGGUGCAGGAGGAAUGCAAGAAGUUAUAGAAGGUCUUCCAUCUCAAGAACCGCGAUCUAAUAUUGACCAAUUAAUUGAAGCUCUUGCACAAAGACAAAAUAUUAACGUUGAGGGAGAAGAGGGAGUUGAUAGAGACGAGAAUUUAGCAGAACAACCAGUCCGUCAAAUGGCUAGUCCUCGAGGAAGUAGAUCUGGUUUAAGAAGAGCUGGAGAUGUUGAAGGUGUACGACAAAGUAGUGGUAAUUGGCAAAGAGAUAAUACUACACCUUGGAACAAGCCGAUCCUUGCUCGACCAAUGAAUCCAGCUGUUAGGGAAACACAAUUUGAAGCAUUGGAUGCAAUGGCUGAAAUGGAACUUGAAAAUUGGAGACGUGAAAUGCGAAAAAGACCACAACCAAUAUCAGAUACUGCCAAUACUGAAGGUAAUAUAAGUAGCCGAUUAGCAAAUCGAAAACGUAAUAGAACUGCCAGACAUGGUUAUAGAACACGCGCUACACGUGGCGAGGAACAAGAGGAUGAUGAAUUUGAGAAUCCUGAUAAUGGAGGUACAACAGGAAGUUCAAGUAGUAGUAAUAGUAAUGAUUCCACUGCUCACGAAGAAGACUUGUGUUCUGAUAGUUCAACUUCAGAAUCUAGCACUGAAUAUUCAGAUUGGAUUGCCGAUCAUGGUUUAAAUUUGGAACCACCGAAAAGAAGUAAACGUAAACCUGUUAAAAAACGAUCUCUUACUCCACCUAGUGACGCUGACAAAAGACGUAGUAGGCGCCCCAAAAAGAAGGAUAUUCCUGCACCUAAUGGUAUUGACGAUAUCCCAGAAGUUUUUAGACCUUCGGAAUGGCUUACUGAAAUAAUACCAAGAAAAGCUCCUUAUUAUCCGCAAAUGGGCGAUGAAAUAGUUUACUUUCGGCAAGGGCAUCAAUUUUAUUUAGAUGCUGUUAAAAAUAAAAAAGUGUAUGAACUUGGUCCACGAUGUGAACCAUGGAGUAAAGUUAAUAUAAGAGCCCAAGAAUUUGUAAAAGUAGUAGGUAUUAAGUAUGAAAUUCGUCCGCCACGACUCUGCUGUUUAAAGUUGGCACUGAUGGAUGAAGAUGGCAGAUUAACCGGAGAAAAUUUCACCAUUAAAUACCACGAUAUGGCUGAUGUAUUAGAUUUUCUAGUUUUGCGUCAAACGUUUGAUACAGCUUUAGCACGUAGUUGGUCCGAAGGAGAUCGAUUUCGUUGUAUGAUUGACGAUGGGUGGUGGAUGGGCCAAAUUCAAUCGAUGGAACCUUUAGAUGAGGACUUUCCAGAAUCUUUUUUUAUGUGCUUCCGCGUGAGAUGGGAUAACGGUGAAUAUGAAAGAAUGAGUCCGUGGGAUUUGGAACCAAUUGAUGAAAAUAGACUUCCCGCAGAACUUGGAGGUGCAGUUCCCGUACUUCCAGAAGAAAUACAAACGAUAUUGUAUCAACCUCAUGCGGAAGAAUGGCCAAUGGGAGACAGAGAAGCAACAUGUCGUAGAAUCAUACGUGGAUUGGAUCAAGUGAUGAGUCUUGCAAUCGCGGAACCUUUUGUGGCACCUGUUGAUCUCAACAUAUAUCCUACAUAUGCAUUCGUUGUAGAAUAUCCUAUUGAUUUAUCAACUAUAAAAGCCCGUUUUGAAAAUCACUUUUAUCGAAGAAUAACAUCUGCACAGUUUGAUGUUCGAUACUUAGCAACGAAUGCAGAACAAUUUAACGAGCCACACAGUCAAAUAGUAAGGCGUGCAAGAAUAGUUACUGACUUAUGUCUACGUAUCAUAAAAGAAACUACAGAAUUGGAUGUACCAGCUCUUUAUCAUCAGUUAGUUGAUACAUAUCAUUCGUCAGAAUCAGAGAUUGACAUGGAAGAUGCGAAGGAUAAGCCUUCUACUAGUACACAAAAAGCAAGUUCAAGUAGAAAUUCACGCCCGCCAGAAGUAUUAGACGAUUGGAAAAUAGCAUGUCGACAAUUACUAGAAACUUUAUGGCAAUGUGAAGAUUCUAUUCCUUUUAGAGAACCAGUUGACAGAUUAGAACAUCCAGAUUAUCAUCAGAUCAUAGACACACCAAUGGAUUUGCGUACAGUAAAAGAGGAUUUAUUAGGGGGAAACUACGAAACUCCCUUACAAUUUGCCAAAGAUAUGAAACUAAUAUUUACAAACAGUCGGAAUUAUAAUACUAAUAAACGAUCGAGGAUAUAUUCAAUGACAAUAAGAUUAUCAGCAAUGUUUGAAGAACAUAUGCGAAAAAUCAUUUCAAAUUGGAAAUCUGCCAGAAGACGCAAUAAUAACAAAGCAAAUACGAAGGGAAAAGGUAAAAAGGGCCCAGUUCGAUUAACGAAUGGCACUGGGCCUUCGAAGUCAAAGUCUGCUCGGUCAGAUGAUGAUGAAGAAAUGAAUAGUGAAGAUGACGAUGAAGAUUUAGAUGAAGUAGAAAAGAAUAAUCAUAAUGUGUUUGCACCAGGGCCAUCACGUUUGACAAAUGGUCAUACUAAGCGUUCUGGCACUGCAUCACGGCCAACGCUAAAACUUCGAAUUGCUAGGGGUGCUGUAUCGAAAAAACUAAAAGAAAGUGAAAGUGAAGCUAGUGAUUCAGAAGCUUCAAUAGAAAAUGAAAGUAGUGGUAGUGUACCUAUAAGAAGGACACGAGCAAGGAAAGCAGUACAUAGUGCUAGUGCUGAUAGUAGUGAUUCUGGGGAGGUAUAUACGCCCAGUCGUCGCGGUAAGCAAACUCGAAAAAAUCGUGCGAAAAAUAGUAAAACUAGUAAACAAGUAAAAGCGAAGUCAAAAUUAAAAGUUUAUGAAGAAAAUAAUAGUGAUUUGGUAACUGACGACGAUGAUGAUGUGUUCACUACAAACGAGUUUUCAGACGAAGAAAGUGAAGAAGUAGUUAUUAAUAGAAGUAGAACCAGAUCGCGAAAAUUAGCAUCCACAUCUGAACACGAUGAUAACUUUAGAAGCAUAGCAAAAGGUGGAAGAAACAAUAUUGAAAGUCAAAGUGAAGAAGAUGAAGAAGAAGAUGAGGACGAAGAUGAAGAAGAACAGUGUCAAAAUGAAGCUAAUAACCAAGAUUCAGAGAGUGAAGAGUCAGAUAAAGUUUAUAGAUCAUCAAAAUCUCAAAGAAGAGUUCGUCGAUCGAGGGAACGGCAAAAUCAAGAAACUGUACAAAAUUCAAGAAGAAGUGGUAAACGUCCUCGUUAUAAUGAAGAAAGUGAUGAAAGCAAUACGAUGCCAGUUAGGAACCGACGUAAAAUUAAACGUCGGUACUACGCGGAAGAAAGUGACGAUAGUCCAGAGCCUGAAAAUGUAGCAGCAGGCAUUAGUAUAAGUAGUAGGGGACGUGUACGUAGAAUGACAGAACGUGCACGGGCUUUUCGAGCUCUUUUAGAAUCACCCUAACAACAUCUUUCACGCUAGUAAUAAAAAUGUAAAUUAUUCAUUUGUCAAAUAAUUCUUACAAACAUUUAUUUAAGAAUACUGUAAAAACUAAAAACGUUAUUUGAUAAUGUUUGUUCUUUAAAACACGCGACUGUAUCCAUAUUUAUAGCGUUACACUAAAUUUGUGUAAGCCCCAGGAUAUUAUGCCGGAAAACUUUACACUAAGAUCAUACAUAGAUAGACAUACGUAUAAACACUUGAAAUUGUCAUAGCAAUUCAUGGUAAAUACUGCUAUAAAGUACUUCCAUUAUUACAAAGCACAUUAAUGAUAUUAUUUUCUUACAUUUAAAUACAUGAUCAGUUAACCGUGUAUAAGAAACAUUUAAUAGUAAGCGAAAAUAGUUGAUAAUUUUACGAUAUUCUUUGGUUCUAUGGGUAUACUUUUUAUAUGAUUUUGCAGAUUUUACCGUGUCAGUUAUUUUCAUAUGAAAUAUUCAUAACUUGUAUACCAUUCCCGAUAUUCAAAAUGUAAUUACAAUUAAAUUGUUACAUGAUUAUUUUUGCAAGAUAUUCUGAACUGUUAUUAAUGUAUACUAUUUACUAAUACAGAUGGAAAAAUAUUUACAAAUUCUGAAUUUCUAUACAAUAACAGUAGUGAAAACGAAAUAAUAUAUGAUAGUGUUUGUAUUACAUUGUUAGAAGUAUGUUAUUGUACCUGGAAUUAUAUAAAAGAAAUGCCCAUUUUAUUCAGGGAAUAUAAUGUUAAGCUUAGCUAAAAUUUCAACUCCUGCUUAUUUAAACAAAGUUAAUUGACAAGUGAAAAGCUACUUUCAUGCAAACAUCUUAAAAAGUAA